AUGGAAAAAAAAAGUUAAUCUUUGUUCUUCCAUUUAAAUUAUUUAUCUUAAAUUCCUAAAUUUGCAUUUUAGGAAGAAUCAGAUAAAGCAAGUUAGCAUAAAAUAAAUAGGUCGAAUAUCAAUUUUAUCGAAAAUUAAUCUCAAGCCAAUUGCGUUAAGUUAGCUCUUAAAAAUAGAGAACAGCAUUUAUCUUAAGAGAGAACCAUGAAGUCUCCACAAAUAAUGACAAACACCUUCGUAUUUAACAACUCUAAUAUCAAUAUAUAGAACAACUUCUACAAUGAGUUGCAGCCCACAAAUAACUAAAAGGUUCACUUAGUUUUUCCUAUGAGCAGCCAAAACACUCCUUCGCGUCCUUCAACUUAAGAUGCAGGAAUUAGCUAAGUUUUUAGAAGGAUCAAAAAAGCUUAACUGAAUCAAGGAUAAAGAUCAAAAAGUUCUUUAUCGAAAAUUUAUAAUAGCAAUACUUUUCAAAAUAACAUAAAUUUAAAUAGCUACACCAAUCCACAAGAUAGUGCUAAUAGCGAUUAGUAUAAGCUUUAAAAUUUAUUACCAAAUAAAGUAAGUCCAACUUCAAUAUCUGCUUCUUAUAGAUCAGUUUCCUUUGAUUAUACAGGCACAAAAUUUUAGAACAGAUAAAAAAUUGGUGGAGAUAAUCCAAAAAGAUAGUUCCAAACUAUAGAUUAAGGCAGUGUGUAAUUUAAAUAGCCCAAAUAAGAUCAGUAGAAUCAAUAAAAUCAGUUCAGAAGCAUUAACAUACAAGAUUAUUCAUCAAAAGAUAAUGAAUCCUUUGCUUAAUAUGAAAAUUAUUUAAAUGACAGUUUCUUUGAUAAAAAAAAGCAAAGCACUUAAAUUCAAAACAAAUCUAUGUUAUAAUAUUAAUACAAUAACAAUAAUAGCCAUUAGCAUAGUCUCUUUCAAGCAAGACUGCCAUCAAGUCAAUAAUAAAGCAGAAAUAACAGUGUUGCAAAAAGAAAAUAUUCAAGCAAAUCAGUUUCAUCAAACCACAACGAAUUAGCCAAAGUUUAUGGGUUUAAUUAAAAGGCAACAAAUAUAAAUAAGCCAAAUAUAAUUCCUAAGCAAGGGCAGUAAUUAGAUACUUUAAAAGCCAGACCUCCUUCAACGAAUUAAAGCAGAAGAUCUCCAUUAAUGAGACAGAGGAAAUAUAAGUAGAAUAAUUCAAUAAUGUGUGAAUCUCCUGAUUACUAAAAUAGAAACAAGAUAUAAAUUGAAUAAAUACCAACAGUUUUAAGUUAAAAUCAAAAUUAGUUUACUCCAAAUGAAAAAAAUUUAAUUUUUUCGUUCAAUUGUGAGUUGAAUCCUAAUAGGAGUUUUUAAGAAGUGCUCAAAGAUUAACUAAAAACCAAAAAUUUCAAGGAAGAAAAUUCUAAUAUAGAGCAAAGCAAUAAUUCCAAAUUUUAUUUCAGCAGCCUUGAUAAUAUCGACGAAUAAAAAGAUCAGUCUGGGUUUAAAUAGCUGUUUGUUGGCUAGAAGAAUAGUUAAAAUUUAGAUUAUAAAAACAUUAGUAAAGAGUUAAAUCAUAAACAAAAUGAAUAAUAAGAAUUAAGUAAAACAAUUUAUUAGGAUUAAAAUAAUAUGCAUAAUUCAGAGCAAGACAAAACAAUUUAAGGUAUUAAUUAAGGUAAACAAAAUUAUCAGCAUAAUUUUUAAAAGUAAAAUACAAAAAAAAUAUAUGAAAUACUAAAAAAUACUAAAAGUAACUCUAAUUAAUUAACAAAUGAUGAAAAAGUUGAAGACUUAAUUAACAUAUAAAUAGUUUCAAAUAAUAAUUAAAAAAACACAAACAACUCAUAAAAUUACAAAACACUUGAUAGUUUCCUAUCUUAAAAUGUUGAAGAAAAUGUAGAUUAAAUAACCAAUAUCAAACAAAUAAGUAAUUAGAAUUAAUAACAUUUCAAGAGAAAGUAUAAUACCUUAAACAAAAAAACCAUCAAUUUAGAGGAAGAAAAAUAAAAAAUACUUUAAAUGAUAAAAUCUUAAAACUAAAAUAUUUACCAGAACUAAAAUUAGAUUAAUAAAACCGAUAUUGAUUCAAAAAAUAGAAUAUAUUUAGAAUUUAAUAAAAACAAUAAAAAUUAAAGUUAAAUAGAGAACAAAAGAAAAAUAGAAAAUAAAAACUAGCAAUAAUAAAAUAUUUAUAUUAACUAAUAAGAAAGUGUAAAUAAAAACAUUAGUGUCCUUCCUAACAAUCAAAUAAAUAGAACCCAAAUAAAAAAAAUAAAUAAAUAAAAACAAUAUGAUUUGAUAGGAGCAGAGUCUUCUUAUUAAGAUAAACAAUCUAUCUCUCCAAAGAAUAACAGGGAUCAAAUUAUACAGCCUUAGAGUUAAAAUUAUAAUAUUGAAUCUCAAAGAAAUCUUGUUGAAGAUUCAGUUGACAAAAUUGAUAAUAAUGAUAGAUUUAAAUCAAAUAAAAUUGAAGACUAAAUUUAUGUGUAUUAUGAUAAGUACUUGCAAGAUAGCAAUGGGUUUUAGAAAAUAUUCAAAGGAAAGAAAUGUGAAAAUGAUCAGGAAUCAUCAUAGACUAGAUUCAGUCUUGCAAAUAUUUAAGUAGCAACUGAAUCUUAGAAGGAAUUAUAGAUUAACAUCUAAAAACAAAUCUAAAGAUAAAGCAGUGCCCAAAAUAAAAAUCAAGCAAUCUUAGAUAAUAAAGUUAGAUCUUCGUAAAGAAGCCAAAGUGUAUUUUAGUGCAAUGACAGCAACCGUGACAUAGCUAUUGAAUUUGGAUUCAGUAAUUUUCAUUCAAUUGAAAAUAGUUAAGCUCUUAGUGCAAAUAACAGUAAAGAAAACUCCCCCAUUCCCACUCCAUCUCUCUUUGAAAUUUAAAAGAGAUGGGCAGCAGCAAAUAACAAAAAUAAUGAUUAAUAAAAUAAAAAAUAGGUUUAUGAAUAAAAAGUAUUCAUUAAUAAUAGCUAAAAUAAUUUAGACAAUUAUAUACCUAAUUUAGAGUAAUAGUAAUCUAUCAAAAAAACUAUUCGAGUUGAGGAUUUCGAAUCAUCACUUGAUAGCAAUUCUAUAAGUGUGGAAAGAAAAAUGUAACUGUAAAUGAGAAAUAUAAGAGAUAGCUAUUCUUCGUUGGAAAAUUAAUCAGAUCAGUUAUCAUAAUAUACAGCAAUAUUUUAGAAAGUGGAUAAUUAAAAUAAUAAAUUUGUAGUUAAUAACCAUUUACAGCAACAGACCUAAAAUAGUAAAAAAUACAAUUUUUAUAAUGAAAAAAAUGAAAACUAAAUUAUUCAGUUUUUAGAAGAACCUCUUGAAACAUUUGGUGAUGUAAAUAAAACCCCAAGCUGUUCUAAUAAACAGUAAAUUUGA